AUGGGCAAGCCUUUUGCUGACCUACCCGUCGAACUACACCUCCAGAUCUUCAAAGAGUGCAUCAAGCAGAGAUCUAUUUCAAUGCUCUACCUGAACAAGGCACUCUACGACGAACUGGUCGCCGAACUGUAUGACUUCCAUGUAUUUAGAAUCACUGUCGACCCUAGCGCUGCAGACUUCCGGAUUGCGUUGUUCGAUGGUACGAAACACUUCUUACCAGCGCACUCCGACCAUAUUCGCGAGCCAGCCUGUCUAGUUGGCAAGAAGAUUCCCUUCGACAAACUCAAAGAAAUCCGAAUCGACAUUCUCCCGCCUGAUCGUCGAGAGCCAGCACAACUAAUCUGCGCGUGGAUGCAAAUCACACGACUGCUUGUAUGGCUCCUUCCUCAGCCCAAGGCGGUGUCACCACCCCUGUCCGAGACCCAGAUCAAGCCAGCUCCCAACAACACGGGACUACACCUGCCACAUGUACACGUCUCGUUCCUUGAGCAGGAAAGCCGCCGUUGGCAAAAGUCUAUAGCUGCUACUGCUGGGCAACCCGAGAUGAUCGACCUAAACGUACUGUUGUCGGCUUUCAGGAGAAUACGAUACGCGCAAAGGUUGUCUGUAACGAUUCCCGACGGUUGCAAAACAGACCAUCUUUCGGAGUACUGCUCGGAGACUGAAUGUUUAGCGACCAUGCAAUCGCCUUUUGGUUCACAGCCAGGUGACAGCAGAAUACAAAGCAUAGAGGACAUCUUGCACACGACUCUGGAAGGCGUCCUGGACGACCUCCCUGGACCCUUGGCCGCUCAACUCCGACUCGAACGCUUUGCGAGCUGGUGCUCUCAAUACGAAGACUGCCACCAGCGCCGCAUAUCCGGCUCCACAUAUGCCGACCGACCUGGUCACUUUGGAGGCAUCCCGAAUGCGGCAAUGCGUCGUCAGCGUGAUCGAUCAUUCAAGGACAGAUUUGACGGUGUCGUGAUGUACUCAUUGGCCGUGUCCAAAGCUCGCAGUCCUUUGCCCUGGCAUGAGCAAUGGGCGGCUGUCUUCCCUAAUGGGAUACCGCCCAAAUCAUCAGAGGAGUACUUGGAUAUGUUGAAUUCAGAAGAUGGUAUCAGCGCCAUGCUUGCAGGGCUUAUGGUGCGUGCAGUCGACGCCAAUAAUCGACUCCGACUCAGAUUUCCGUGCUGCCAGGAAGCAGGUUCGGCUUGA